AGUGUGAAAUGAUCUAAAAGAUCUGAGCCAAAAACAGUUCACACUUCACAACAAACAAGACGUAAUAUCACUUAAUUGACUAGUAAUGUCAGUUGAAGACGGCUGUGCUGUAAUGAGUAGUAAUGACGUAAAAUAGACGUAAAUAAAAAAGAAAAACCAAACAAAAGACAAAACAACUGAAUGAAGGGUUCAAGUAAUUGCCGUGAGGUGGCUACCACUAGAAUCUGAUAUUCUGUGGUUCUGUGUCAAAGUGACAAGGUCAGAAGUCGCACCACGACAGUUAAACGUCAACGUGACGUCAACCGCCAACGUCAGUCAGGUCAGUCGUCAACACAUAAACAUGGGUGACAAAUCCAAUUAAUAAUUAAUUUUUCGAAGAAAUUGAAAUUUUUCGCGUAUACAUCGUCACAGAAACGUGCUCAGACCUUAUCGUCACCCGGAGUCAUCGACCACAAAUUAGUAAACAACUGUGCCACAGACAUAAGCAGGAAACAACAAUAAGAAGAAAUCAGUAAAGUAUAGAGGACACCCACUUUAUAUGCCAGAAUCGAGUCAUCCGAGAAAGAGAUUAGUCAGCGAUGGCCAAGUUCAAAGUUCGCGUGCUAUACGACUUCCAGGGGGAGCAGGGCUCCGCCGAAAUGAGCAUAACCGCUGGCGAAACCCUCACGGUGUCCCGCACCGACGUAGGUGAAGGUUGGUGGGAAGGCGUCAAUUCCAAAGGAAUAUCAGGCCUGUUCCCGGAGGCCUACGUCGAACGGAUGGGCAGCAGUCCUCCAGGGGUGCCUGCCCCCAUGCUGCCCUCUCAGACUGACUGGGGGGAGGCAAAUGCUCCCCCAAAGGAGGACUGGGAUGAAGAUGACGAUUGGGAUGAUGAAGCUACUUACUCAGAGAUUGGCAACAAUCAGGUGAAUAGGAACAGCAUCUAUAGUAAUGAGGGGGGCAAUCAGAAUCAGUUUUCUUAUGGGAGCCAUGUUCAGAAUGAUAAUGUGUCUCUCAGUGGGGUUAGCACCAUGGGGGACAAUAAAGGGACUAUCACCAAGAAAAGUCUGAAUAUUUUUUCUUCCUAUGUGAAAUCUGGGUUAGAGACUUAUAUUUUAGGUACUGCCUCAAAUCUGCCUGUAGCUAGCAAAAAGUAUCACAUUUUUCGGGAGAGUGAUGAAGUUUUAGGUAGGUGGGAGGUGAUUUCCAACCCCUACACAGUUCAAAUAACUUCUCCAAAAAAGGCCACCAAAAUGGGUGGUCUCAAAUCUUUCAUUGCCUAUCAGUUGACUCCAAGUUUUUCUAAUGUGGAAGUGUCAAGGAGAUACAAGCAUUUUGACUGGUUGCAUGAUAGGCUUACUGCAAAAUUCAAUGUGGUGGCUAUACCCCCUUUACCAGAUAAACAGGUAUCCGGUCGCUAUGAGGAACUGUUCAUUGAACAUCGGCGAGCCCAGCUGCAAGAGUUUGUCAACUACAUGUGCAGACACCCUGUCCUGUCCACCUGUGACGUUUGGAUACACUUUUUAACCUGCACGGAUGAAAAACAAUGGAAAUUAGGUAAGCGGAACGCGGAGAAGGACCAACUGGUAGGCGCGAAUUUCUGCGCGUGCGUCGAAGCCCCCGACAAAGAAAUCCUCUCCUCGCUGGCCGAGCCCAAAAUCGACGACACGAUGAACUACGUGGCCAAGAUGGACCAGUGCAUCAAGAACCUGAUGCAGACGGCGCAGGACCAGCAGAAGAAGUGCACCAACAUGUACAAGCGGGAGUUUAGCCGGAUCGGAGAGUGUUUUUUCGCGUUGGGAUCGGCGUUCGAGUUCAAUCAGCAGGGCAUGUAUUCCAAGGCUUCGGUCGAUGUUAAAAGUAUAGGUUCAACUUACAUGACUAUCGGAAAGUUGUACGAAGAACAGGGUAAAAUAGACUGGCAACCGUUGUUUGAUAAACUGUAUAUAUACAAGGGUAUAACCGGGAAUUUGCCAGAUGUCUUGAAUAUGCAAAAACUGGCCGAACAAAAGAAGAAAGAAUGCGAGAGAAAUUCUCAAGUUCCUCAGGUGGCUUUGAGUGAGGUCAGGCAUAGAACAGACACUCUGACCUAUACAGUUUUUGCGGAGCUGCAUCACUUUCAAAAUGAAAGGGACACCGAUCUCAGACUAACAAUGAAAGAGUUUUUGCAGGAACAGCUGAACUUCUACAAAAAUGUAGUUUCCAAAUUGGAAGAUACAUUGAAACAGUUCGAUUGA